CAGACGGGACGAAAAACCGGGCGGGACGUCCAAGACUAGAGCCGAAGCAUGUCUUCUUUUAGACCAGCAGCGCCCCAUUCCUCCUACAGGAAGAUGUUCGCCGCGGAGAGAGCGGGCGUCAGACCCAGCUACACCAGCCGCCAGUACUCCAGUCCCAUCCGCACCACCCGGGUGUCUUACGGGCUCUCCUCGGCUCCCCCCAGCACCAUCUACGCCGCCAAGACCCAGCGUCUCCGGAGCAGCGCCGCCAUGCCCAGGCUGACCUCCGAGCACCUGGACUUCACGCUGUCUGACGCGAUUAACAGCGAGUUCAUCACCAACCGCACCAACGAAAAGGCCCAGAUGCAGUCCCUCAACGACCGCUUCGCCAGCUACAUCGAGAAGGUUCGAUUCCUGGAGCAGCAGAACAAGAUCCUGCUGGCCGAGCUGGAGCAGCUACGCGGCAAGGGCACAUCCAGAGUGGGGGACCUGUACGAGGACGAGAUGCGGGAGCUUCGGCGCCAGGUGGAUCAGUUGACCAACGAAAAGGCCCGAGUGGAGGUGCACCGGGACAACCUGGCCGACGACAUCGAUCGACUCAGAGACAAGUUACAGGAUGAGAUAUCCCAGCGGGAGGAGGCGGAGGCAAACAUGCAGAGCUUCCGACAGGAUGUGGACAAUGCUGCCCUCAACAGACUGGACCUGGAGAGGAAGGUGGAGUCUCUCCAGGAGGAAAUCAACUUCCUGAAGAAGCUACAUGAUGAGGAAAUGCUGGAACUGCACAACCAGAUUCACAUGCAGCAGCACGUUCAAGUGGACAUGGCGGACGUGGCCAAGCCUGACCUGACAGCAGCUCUGAGGGACGUCCGUCUGCAGUACGAGAACCUGGCCUCCAAAAACAUCCAAGAGUCUGAGGAAUGGUACAAAUCCAAGUUUGCUGACCUCACCGAAGCGGCUGCUCGCAAUAAUGAUGCUUUGAGAAUGGCCAAGCAGGAGGCGAAUGACUACAGACGUCAAGUCCAGGCCCUCACCUGUGAGGUGGAUGCUCUCAAAGGAACUAAUGAGUCCCUGGAGCGCCAGAUGAGAGAGAUGGAGGAUAACUUCUCCAUGGAGACCGGGGGCUAUCAGGACACCAUUGCCCGCCUGGAGGAUGAUAUUCACAACAUGAAGGAUGAGAUGGCCCGACACCUCCGCGAGUACCAGGACCUCCUCAAUGUCAAGAUGGCCCUGGAUAUUGAGAUCGCCACCUAUCGGAAGCUGCUGGAAGGGGAGGAGAGCAGAAUCUCCACCCCUCUGCCAAACUUCUCAUCUCUUAACCUGAGAGAAACCAUGAUUGAUUCCAAACCUCACAUCGAAACCUCGACGACCAAGAAGGUUCUCAUCAAGACCAUCGAGACCAGAGACGGUCAGGUGAUCAACGAGUCAACCCAGAACCACGAUGACAUGGAGUAGUGAUAAGAAUAAUAAGGCUCUUGCCAAAUGACCAACAAAAACAAUCAGAAGAUUUUCACUCGCAUUCAAACGACAAUUCCACAAAAAACAACUUCUCUAAGUGCCUUUUUAUGUGAUGAUUUGGUAAGCUAGCUAGUUAGCUUAGCAGUAUAUUUUUGGUGUCAUUUUGUCUAGACACAGGUGUGAUACACAACACAACGACUGUAUUGUCAAUCAUAGUGGUCUACUAAGGAGCAUUACAGCCACGGUGUCACGAAAAAUAAAUCAUACUACAACAACAAAGUUUUUAAAACUUGUUUGAGAAAAAAAAUGUCUGAUUAUUCUUAUAAUUAUGUCUAAUUUUUUUUCACUUUUUCCCCCUUAGAAUAAACUUAUUAUAACAUGUUUUUCUUCACAGUGUGGCCCUAACACUCUUUUGUUGACUUGUACAAAUGAUUUAAUUUGUAGUAAACUGUAGAUUCAUCAUGCACAAAUAACCAGCAGCAGUUCUGAAUGCUAAAUAUAAUGUCACAAUUGCCAAUAAGCAGCAAUAAACAAGUAAGACUGUGAGCCGGGUUUGAUAUAUGUUGUGUCGUACUGUGAUAGAAAACUGUAAAGAAAAGAUAGCUCCACACCUGCAAGUGUUUUCACAUACAGUAAUCUCAGCAAGUAUCCUGGAUUCAGUGCCUUUAUGAUUAUUAACACAUGACGGUUAUUAUUAUUAUUUCCCCUGCUGUUUCAUAUCAAAAUGUGUUCAAUAACAGUACACCUUCACUUAAAGGGGGACCUAUUAUGCUCAUAUUUCUGCCCUUUGUAUUGAGUUGUGGACUCUUAUAGAGCAGCUACACACAAUAACCAGUGCACAACACUUUUUAGUUCUUCCAGAAUCUGCACCUAAUCCAGCUGUAUUUCUUUAGUUUUUGUGCUUCCUGCAAAAACGGUCUGUUUAAAUGUAUUCUGCCCAUGGCCUGCCUCCAGGCACGCCCACCCCGUCGUGAUUGGUCACACUUCCAAGUGUUUAGAAGGAAUUCCGGUGUUGUGCCGCUAGCUGUGAAACACAUGUGUUGGAUCCUAGCUUUAGCAUGCUAUGUCGGACUUCCUAUAAGCAGUCAGUAUAUGAGGAAGUCGAAUCUGUCUCAUUCCAAUGUCUGCCAGGGUUUCCGGAUGCCAGCUGAUGUGGAAUUUCGAUGUAAAUAAAGGAUGGGAGCUGUG